UGUGUAGAAAAGGAAAUUUUGUGAGUGAGAAGUAUCCAUCCCAUGUGUAUUAGUGUAUAUAUAUAUUAUGUAUGUUGUGUGUGCGUGGUGAUUUGUGUUCUAAGCUCAUAGAAAGAAAUUAAUUAAAUGUGUACAAUCUGACGAUGUUUACCUAAAUGUGAAGAAUCACCGUGUUUUGUGAUAUCAAGUGCUAGAAUCCGUCAGGAGGCGGUAAUCAUUCAAGUUGGCGAAGGCACGUAGGGGUAUGAUCAAGGAGAAGGAGAAGGGCGGGGGUGCCCGUCUCAAAGAUGAACCCAAUGACCCUGCUGAACCAGGGCACGGUUCUCGUCCGCCAUCGGCCUCUUUACCGACCCCGGCGGCGUUAAAGAAGGAACCCGACGAGCCGGCCCACAGAGUUAAGAUGGAACCCCAUAGCCAAGGGGGAGAGGACUCAAACGCUGACCUCGGAGUAGACGGUAUUAAGACUGAAAUUGACGGCCUCAUGGAUAGUGACGGUGACCCCACUAAAUCUCCUCAGUGCGAGCUCGGGGGUCCAGGUUCUCUGAAAUCGGAGCGUCUUUCCUCCGACUCCAAUGACAUUAUUGACCCACAGACUGGGCUUAGAGGUUCCACUGGGAAUAUCCAGGAUGGUAACCCAAACUGCCGUAACCCGAACGGACCAGAGAAUAUGGGAUCGUGCCGUAUGGGCAAUUCAGGACCAAUGGGCCCCGGUGUGUCUAUGGGACCCAUGUCCAGCGAAGCGCAGACCUUGCCGUCUAAUGUCAUCAGCAAGCAAUCUGGCAGCAUGGAGCAGAGUCAGAUUUUCGUUUUCUCCACCAUGUUGGCAAACAAAGGGGCUGAAUCUGUUAUCUCUGGGCAGCAUCAUUCCAUCAUUGCGUAUCACUGUGCCCAGCCUGCUACGAAGAAGUAUCUCGAGAAACAUCCCUUAAAAAUAGGCCAGUUCAAUAAACAGAAUCCCGCCCAAUGGCUCAACAAUCUUGCCAUGGCGAAAAGCCGAGCAGGAAUGCGCGGCGGGCCUAAUAUGAUGGGCGGGCCUAACCAAAUGGGUCACAUGAUGGGUGGACCAAUGGGACCCAACAUGGGGCCGAUGGGCCACGGCGGCAUGGGGCACAUGGGACCCAACAUGAUGGGCCCUAACCGCAUGGGUGGACCCGGCAAUCAAAUGAUGAUGAUGAAAGGCGGGCCUGGCCCGAUGGGGCAAAUGGGUCCGGGCAUGGGUCCGAUGGAUGGGUUUCCAGGGGGCACCCCGUCCUGUGGUGUCAUGGACGGCCUCGGUGCUGAUGGUGAAAUGCCCUGGGACACCAAAAACCCCUCCGUAAUGUCGAAUGGCAUGGCAAACGGUCCUUCUCAAAUGCCGCCAUGCUCUGAGGCGGGAGACAAUUCCGGUGACAGCAAUAUGCCCUGUCAGCCCGGACCUAAAGUUUCCUCCGCAGGUGUGAAAAUACCUGACGAGAACCUCACGCCGCAACAGAGAGCUCACAGAGAAGAACAACUGGCCACAAUACGGAAAAUGCAGCAAAUUCUAUUCCCGGAGAGUGGAUCUAACCCUAAUCAACCUGGGGAUGGAUCGCAACCGCCCUCGGACAUCAAUCCCCCAAAUUCCAGCGCCAACAUGAAUAUGUCCUUCCCUCCCAUGUCAGCGCAUGGACCGAUGGGUUCCGGACCAAACGGACCAAUGGUUUCAAUGUCCAGUAGCAUGAAUAGCGGACCAAGUUGCACUAUGUCCGGUCCGAUGGGUCCUAAUGGACCAAUGGGCGGAGGGCCAAUGGGUCCAGGCGGCCCGAUGGGACCAAACGGCCCAAUGGGCGGUCCGAUGGGUAAUAUGGGUGGGCCGGGAAUGGGCAUGGGUGGGCACGGCUCUAUGGGGCCUAAUGGGAUGAUGGGGCCAAACGGUCCAAUGAUGUCGGGAAUGGGGCCCAAUGGACCCAUGGGGCCGAUGGGGCCCUGUGGCAUGAAGGGAAUUAGAGGGCCAUGCGGAGGGCCGGAUAUGAAGUCGGGAAUGUGCACAGAUAUGCACAUGGGUAGAGGUUGCGGCGGACCUAUGGGACGUAUGCCCAAUCCCAUGGGAGGUAUGGGAGGGCCUAAACCGUGCAUGAUGGGUCCACACAUGGGACCGAGAAUGAUGCCAGGACCGAACCUCAACACUAUGAAUGGUGGUAUAAUGAUGGAGGGCGGUAUGAUGAGCGCAAUGGUGCACGGAGACUGCGGUCCGGAACAUCAGCACCAGCACCAUGGAAUGCCCAUGAACGGCCCCAUGUGUGACGAGUACGGACGCGGGAGGAGCAUGGGGCCGGGUGAUCCAGGCGGGUUGGGUCCCGGGCUGGGUCCGGGUUUAGGUCACAAGUCAUCGCGUAGCCCCAAAUCACCCCCAUCAGAUAUCGACUGGCAGAAGUUACAUCACCACUUCUUUGACGAGAACAAGAAUAUGGACACCGAUCUAAGUACGCAAGUAAAGUCACCUUGUUCAGAAAGGGGUGGAUGUCUUCCACCACCGCCUUACGGUGCUUCGCCCUUACACCGAUCUGCCUCCGUGCCUAUUGCAACACAAUCGCCCUCACAUGGCGGCGGUGUCCAAAUGCCUAUGUCAGCGGAAGCUUCCAGAGCUGGAUCCGCUCUUAGCAGCCCUGCACACUGCAAACAGAAAAACGACGCACCAGAGAUACUAGAGAAGUUGGACGAAGGCGUGUUCGUCCGCACGCUCCAAUGUUUGGCGGCGCAGCAACAGAAGAACCAACAAGGCGGCAAUCAUUCUAAGGAACCGAGUUUGAUGCCCGUGCCAUCCCCGCAACAAAUAUCGUAUCUCAACCAGUUCGAAGGUCAAGAGUUAACGAUACAAAAGCAACCAAACACAUCGUUAAAGGACAACGGACCACCUUCCAAUAAUGGAGGGCAGACGCCGCAAUCAAAUUCCAAUCAGAAAUCACCUGCAGGAAUGAUGCCGGGGACCCCAGAGCCGCACUCGUCGUUGUCGGAACAGCGCUCGGGGCGGUUUUCGAUGGAACAGAGUCCCGGGUUCAUCAAUCCACAGACUCCAACAUCUGCAGCUUCCACCUCUAGUACCAAGCAAGACGAGAAAUCCCGGCCGAGCCCGUCAUCGAAUAGGUCGAGUCAGGACAGCGCGUCGAAAACACCACAACGAGAGGGUAGAGAGGGGCGGGAAGGGCAAUCACUCAGUCAAGGGCCCUACGCACCCUCCUCCACCGCCAAGAGCAGCUGCAGUGUAGUGUCCACCCCAUCACACCCUGACGACACCAUGGCAUCUAACACUGAGACGACAUUAUCCGGUGGUCCUAACAGCACAAGCCUACCAGGCCCCUUCCCGGGACCGUGCAGUAUGAACAGGCCGGACAACAUCCCGAUCAACCCCAACCAGGGCCCCAACGGCCCCAUGGGAACCUCCACGUCCUCAUUCGACCCCAUCUCGUCACUGGCGCAGAUGUCACAACAGCUGACCAACACGGUGGGCGGCGGGGGCCCCGGCCCGGGGGGACCCAUGGGGCCGAACGGCGGCGGGAUGGGACCCUUCAGCUCGGGCCCCCACCAUAUGCAGCACCACCACUCCAUGCACCCGCAUGGACAUCCGCACAUGAUGAUGAAUGACUUAGGUUGCCACAUGGAUAAUAUGGGACCAGGUAUGGGCGGGCCACUGGAAGGUAUGAUGAGCGGUAACGACUUCCCUCCCGACAUGAACCUAAGCCCAAAAAUGGGCGGUGGCCCUAUGGGCGGGCCCAUGGGGCCAAUGGGACCCGAUGCGUCCAUGAUGGGUCCGAGGAUGGGCGGUCCGGGAAAAAUGCCUCCAUUUAACGGGGCUAACGUCCAAGUCAAAGCGAGCGCGCCAAACACGAUACAGUAUUUACCCACUAGGCCUCAAAUGCCUUGCAACACGGGUCCCAGAGGCCCACCCAGUCUCGACUUCUUACAACGAGUCACGAAUCCCAUGCAAAUGGACAGCAGUAAAGGCGGCGUGCAAUACUUCCCUGGCGCGAGAGGAAUGGACAUGGAGGGAGGUAUGCGAGGGGUAAUGAGAGCGCCGGGGGGAAUGCUCAGGAUGCCGCACUACCCCGCAGGGUUCAACUCCCCACCCAAAAUGGCAGGUGAUCCAUACGGCGGACCCGGCCCCAAUCCGAUGUGCGGGCCUAAUUUCCGAGGAGUAAAAGGUGGGAUGGGUCCUGGAGUGAGAAUGGGUGCGGCACAACCUUUACCGCCUUCCAUGGGGGGACCGGGGCCAGGUUUCAAGGGGCAAGGGUUCGCCAUGCCAUCCACAGCUGACCCCAACUACGCGGCGCAGUUCCACAACUUCCAGCAGCAGCUGUACGCGACCGGCAGUCGUGGGGCGCAACCCCAUGCCGGCUACCCCCCCUACCAGCAGUCCAAGUGAUGACAGCGCGCUGCCGUGACUUGCGGACUCCCCACGCCUCCGACCAGACUGCCUAGUGUGAGGUUUUCGACCUGCGUUUACUUAUUCGAUCGCGUGUAAGUUAACUGCGAUUUAUAUGGUAUCGAUAAAGAGCCAUCUAGUGACAGUACUGUUUCCCAGUAUUGUAAAUAGAUGGCGCUCCUUCGAUACCAUAUAAAUCGCAGCCAACUUUCACGCGAAUAAGUUAACGCUGGUAGAAAAUCGCACACUUGACACCCAGGUUAUCCUCGUACCGGCCACUCGACCCCGAGAGGUUUCUAUAAGACUCUGGAACCAGCCGGAAGCGUAUUCGCGAACGUACUUAAUGUAUUAAUUAUAAACCAGUGAAAAAACGAGAGAUCAAAAUAUUUUUGUUAGUGUUUUUAGUUAGUCCGUGUAUUAAAUGUGAGAUUCAAACGCCGUCGAGUUUCGCGCACUAGUUGAAUUCGCUCAGUUUCGACACGCACUAGGCCCCUAAGCCGUGCGUGUUUAUUAUUUUAGCGAAUGCGUAAAAGUUUGUACAAAUUGUACAAAUUUAGAUGUGUUAUCGUCUCGUAGUCUACAUAAUUUAAAGUACAGUACUUUACGGUCGUAAGCGUAUUUUGCUAUGGCAAUAAUAUAUAUAGUUUUUAUCAUUUUUUUUUUAUACGCAAAACAUGCCAGAUUUUCAGUGUAUCGGUUCCUUUACUUAGCUAUUUUUUUUUAAAUAUAUAUAUGAUUCCUAUGCACACAGAUAUCUAGUCAAUUGUGAAAUUAAUGUCCGAUCCUGUGUUAAAGCGAAUGAAACAGUCCACAGUUUGGUACCAGGAAUACAUAAGUACACAACACGUACAAUUUAUUACUGUCCAUCAUCUUAGGGUUUAGAUUUAUUCUUUUUUUAGGGAAAUUGGUAUCAUUUAUUUUGGCUAACCGGCCAGUAUAGCUCCUGGAAUUAAUUUACUAGUAUUUUAAUGUUUUUUUUUGUAUUCGUUUUGAUCUGAUAUAGCAAUGUUUUCUGUCUUCCAUACCUUUAAGCUCUAUCCAGACAUAUCAUUGUCAGUGUUACGUCAGGGACUGAGAAAAGCAGCUUGCAUACAAAUGGGCCAUAUCGGGAGUAUCUACACCAUUGUUCUAAAGUCUAGAACAAAUGCGUAUAUGCCUUUCUAAAAUCUAGGCUAUAUGACCUUACCUAAAUAAGCUCAAUAUUUGCUAAACUAUAUUUUAUUUUUUUGUCUGGUUUAUGUUUUGAAGACUUUUAUAAGUAAAACCACUUUUUAAACCCACUUUAAUUUAACAAGGAGAACAACAUUUAACUAUUGCAGUAGAGUUAUCAUUUUUAAAACAUAUUAAAAUCCUCGUGUCAAAAAUUUUAUUAGAGAAUUAAAGUCAAUUAUUGAGUUGAUUGGAAAUAAAUGAAAUGUGUAUUAAACUCUCUCAAAACUUUACCCGAAACCUGAAAUGUUCCGAGAAAUCUUAAUUUAAGACAAUUAUUAUUGUAAAGUUUAUACAAACUUUAUGCAAGUUAUUAUUUUCUCUGUCCCUGAUUUAACACUGAUAUGUCUGGAUAGACCUUUAAACUCAAGUGUAUUAUAAGAGUGUAAGAGGUCAUCCCUUUCUAAAGAAUGACACAAAACUGAAAACGGCAGUAUGAGUUAAGAGUUCGCCUCACUUUUAAACGAAAGUACUUAAAAUCUGAUGCCAUAUUAUUUGCCACAUGAAUUUAGUUUUCGUGAUAUUUUGAACUGUCUAUUUAAUUUAUUUAUGACUUUGAUCAAUGCCAAUAUUUUUCUUACGCUAUGUGUGAAGCGGUGGUAUCCGAACGCAAUUUUAUAACGCUGCAACUUUCCGAACGUUUGCACACCACCUCAAUCGCUUGCACAUAAAAUGGCGCUCUCUUAAACCUACCGAGUACCGACUGACGGGUAACUUAGUCUAUUUUUAAUGUGAACCAUCUAACACGGCAGAACGGCUGCUGGCGUGGCGACGCACAGAGGAUAUAAAAUCUAGCUUUCCUUUCAUAAAAUGUUUCAAUGAGGAUUAUUUUAAGUUAAUAUUUUGUAUUUGCCAUAUUUAUUUCAUCUGUAAUACUAUCGUAAAGAAUGUGUACAUUAUAAGAUAUGAUUGCAAUUUCACUGGAUUACGGGCAAAGUAAAGUAAUAAAUUUUCGUAAAUUACAUCAGGGCAACCCAAAUUAUAAUGAAGCGGUGAUAGCCCAGUGGGUAGAACUUCGACUUCACUUUCGAGGGGCCGAGUUCGAAUCCCAGCACGCACCUCUAACUUUUUUAAGUAAUGUGCGUUUUAAGCAAUUAAAAUAUCACUUGCUUCAACGGUAAACGAAAACAUCAUUAUCAAAAUCGGACUACGAAAAGAUUUUUUGGAGAUUAUCCAGAGUAAUUAACGAUUUCUUGAACAAUAGUGAACAAUUCCCCGUCACCCGACAAUGCUGUAGGAUUCAUAAUAGACGUAGGUUUUACGGAGCACGUCUGUAAAUGUAAGCGAGAAAAGUAAUGAGAUAAGAAUUCAUACGUUCGGAAAGUCGUAGCGAUAUUAAACUGCGUUCGGAUAUCACCAUUAUACAUACAUCUUUUUAUAGUAUGUAGGGCAAUAUAAUAACGCUAGGCUAGUUAGCACAUUGUGGUUGUCACAGUGGCCUUUUAAAUGCCUUUUUUACGAAGCGAUGAACCCCGGGCACACGCGUAUAGUUUGCUCACCAAAUCUGAGAUCCUUAUGAGAUUAAAAUAUAGGAACAUUUUAUAGACAUACCAUGCUUUUGGCGUGCCAUUUUCUGUACUACGCCUAGUACUUCCUUAUUACAGUGCUUGAAUAUUAUUAUUUUAGGUUUUAUUAUUAAAACAGUUCCUUUUAUUUAUUUACAACAAGCAACAAGCGAGUACUUUAUAACGACAGAUUUUUAAAUUUCCAGUUUUCGUCUUGAUAAAGUAGCCUAGAAAAAAAUCUGCCUAACUGAAAAAGUAAUAGGGCGAAAAAUGUUUAGACAUUGCUUGGUAAAUAUAACAGAUUAUUUAUUGAUAUGUCCAAAUUAAAGUAGUCUUUGCCGUUUCUAAGAUUAGUUCCGAAAAACAGACCGACAGAAAUUACUUAACUAUAAUCAUAUGAGCAUGAAAAGAGACUGAUAUUUGGCAAAUUUAUUUAACUAUAAAUGAAUCUUCUCAGUUUUUUCUUUAAUACAUAAUUGGAUAAACUUCAACAUGAUUAUUAAUACUUCUGUAAUAAACAUUUAUUUAAAUUGAACAGCCGUCAGUCAUAUAUUUUAUCCAUCCAAUUUUUAUGCGGAUUUACGAUUACAAUGAAACCAAAGUUUGGAAUUAUAAAAAUUUAAUGACGUCAUCAGAACGCAUUUCCAAUACUGCUUUAUAUGCUUGCGAACAGGUAAAGUCCAUGCGUACAAUGCGUACAAUAUAGACAACCGACAUUUUCUUUGGACCCUGCAUCCUGUGUGUGUACAAACUAAUUUCAUGGAUCCCAAGGCUUUAUGAACGGAGUUACAUUAAUAACUUGCUUAAAACAGCAUGCCGAAUGCCUUUGAGUUUCUAAUAAUUAUGGUUUCUCUAAAGUCGUUUAACACCUUUCCCGAGCGAUAUACCAACUUACUAUAACAUAAGUUAGAAAGAGAUACGAUACCGGAUCUUUCAUUCACACGCGCACAAAUUGAAUGGCAUGUCAAGUUGUAUGGCGUGUCUAUAGUUAGUAUAAGGUGAAUAUUUACAUAGUAGUUAUAUCAUGAUGACAAUAUUCGGAACAUUUUAAGAUCUUUAAAACACUAUAUUCUAAGGUUCAUAUGGUGUCCUGAGUGAGGUGUUCCAAAACACAUGCAAACAUAUCUCGAUUUAUACCGUAUAUACAACCUUGACCCUUUCAAUAUCCUUUGUUUUAAUGGAUAUUUGCCUUAUUUAUAAAAGUAAUUUUAGUAGGAAAAUUAAUGAUGUUUUGUAGAUAAUGAGCAUUCAAACAUGCAAUAAAUCUAUUUCAUAUUCCGAGGUUUUUUUUUGAUGGAAUAACUACUGUGAGAAUUCACCUUAAGUUAUAAGGGCGUGGCAAUCUUGUGAGAAACAGCACAACAGUCCAGUAAGAAACACCCGCUAGAAAUUAGAUAGUCUUAAUUUAAUUGUAAUUAUAAUUGUAAGGUAAACAAUGGUUCUUGUUUUAGGAUUAAGUGAAGAGCAAUGAUAUAAAAUAGUUUGUGUAAUAUUAAAUAAAAUAAGAGAUGAAAUUAAGAUGCAAACUAUUGGUUGUGAUUCUGACACAAUUUGUUAAGUUGUUCUUAGAUAUGUCACAGAGUAAUGUGCGAACUUAACUUACUUCAUGAUAAGGCCCUUUUUUAUUUUUUUUUGGACGUUUUUUUUACUUGUCGUUCUCGUUUGUACAUCGCUAACAAUAAUUGUACAGAGUACUUUUGGACUUAAUUUAAGGCAAUAAAUGUAUUUAUUUUAUAACUCGUGAUGUAAGAAUUUAUUCUUAAUUAUUAUAAAAAAAAU